AUGGAAAAACUGAAGGAGAGCUUCAAGAGCGAGCGGGCAGGCUGGGAUGCAGAAAAAACAACUCUACUAAAGAGGGCUGAUGACGCUAAAGUAGCCCUUAAUCCGGUGGCAGAGGAGCUAAGUGGCUUGAAACAGCAAAUAAAUGCUAUGACUGCUGCCAUUUUUGGAUCUCGCAUUGCUCAUCUUGGCUCCGAUAUGCGAAAGAAACUGAAGGCUGCCCAUACCCUUAUAGAGAAAUUAUAUACCGGUGCACAACGGAUCAUCUGCACAGCUUCUAAUAACAAGCCGCCCCCAACUUUGAUCAAGGAAACAUUAGAGAGGCUGUCGAUGAUGCCUGCCCAGUUUGAAGAGCUAAAGAGAUCAGCUGCAAGGCUGGCGGAGGCCAAAGCCCAAAUUCCCCUCCUGACCACUCCGCCCGCUCUUCCUCUCCUUUUUCCCAAGUCCCCGGCGCCGCCGCCCAACGUCCCCACCAAGCACCACCCGUCCGCCACCGCCUCCCUCUCCCUCUUCCACCCGCGCGCGCGCCGCCUCCCCCAGCGCCCUGUCCCCCUCGCCGUCUCCUCCGGCAGACGGGGUCGGCCCCGCGGCGCCGACGCGGGGCGACGUGUACCUGGGACGGCAGCUCGCGGCCGCGGCCGCGGCGGCCCCCCGCACGCGCGCGCCGGAGGAGGACGUCGAGAGGCGCCGCCGCCGCAAGGAGAAGCGGAGGGCCCUGGCCAAGAAGAUGACCCCAACACACACACUCCCGCUCCCAUCCUCUUCUCCCGGGAUGCAAGCAGCUGCAAGGAAGGGCGCGGCGGCGGCGGCGGCAGCGUCGGCGUCCUUCCACUCCACCGCCGCGGCGCUCUCAAAAUCCACGAAGAAGAGGCACACCCAACUGAAGACCGUGCUAUGCGGGCGGUGCAAGCUGCUGUCGCACGGAAGGUGUUUGACAAAAUGACCAAGUAUGACUCAUCCUCGCAUUCUUACUCCGCCUUUGUUUCCUUCGGCUUCUUGAUUCUGAAAUUUUAAGAUAAAUUGCUGGCAGCGGUGUUUGCAAAUCACCACGGAGAAAGUAAAGAUCUCGAGAGGAUUCCGUUUGUUUGCUCUAUGUAUUGUCUUUCGAAGCGCAGGAAAAAACACAAAAAAAUUCUAGUUUAUUUUACUGCCUUUUGUAGUAAAAGAAAAUUAAAAUCACAAAAAAUGUUUGUUUCUCUGCCUUUUGUACUAAUGGAGAGGGAAAGUCACAAAAAAAUGUUUGUUUUUAGGGUCGAGCAGUCAGUUGGUUUGUUGCUCACUCAGAAAUGUUUUUGGUUUUGGGGGGUUCGAUGUGUACAUUGUGCAUCAGCAUACACUGCUAGCUGCCCGUGGAGAUCAGCACUAAAGAAUAAACAAAUCCUGGUAAUUCUUUCAUCUAGGAUGCUUAUGCCGUCUCGAAACUGUCAACCUGACUCAUAGAAUGAUCUUUUUAUUUAGGAUUCAUGGUUGUUUUUUCUUUUUCUUGUUAUUAUGCAUUACUAUGAGUUCAUUGUAUUAAGAUUCCUUACAACUUUAGGCACCUGAGCUAUUUACAGAAGGAGGGGACCCAGCCUUCUUCAUGGCUCGCGGCAAUGUCUCCCAUUGAUUCGUUCGUGCAACAAGGAGGGGACCCGCCCUUUUCACGUCUCGUGCAACAAGGGUGAUCGACGCGGACUACCGCUGCCUGGUGGGGGUCGUGCUCUUCAACCACUCGGAGGUGGACUUCGCCGUGAAGCCCGGCGACCGCGUCGCACAGAUGAUCGUCCAGGUGAUCGUGACGCCGGAGGACGCCGAGGUGGAGGACCUCGAUACCAUCGUUUGGGGGGAGGGAGGAUUGGGGUCCACCAGCAUCCGAACUCCGAGCCUUGGUAGAUACAUCUAGAGAAGUGGUAUGUUUAGGCUGCUGGUGGAACACUAGGAAAGGUACCCACCUUUGGUUGUGUGCAUUUACUCUUAAAUGGAAUCACGUGAUCUCUUGCAGUUGAGAUGUUCAAUGUUGCAUCCAUGAAUGGUGCAAGUGUUAAGAUGGUCCUGUGACCUUAAUUUAUUUUGCA